CUUGCUCGCAUUGCUGCUUCUCUGUUCUCGAUAGAAGAGCAUUUUCUCUCGCAGCCACCUACACUUCUCUAAAGCCUUCUCUGUGUGUGCGUGUGUGAGGAUAUUCUAUAUCUUUACAUUCUCUCUCUCUCUCUCUCUCUCUCUCCCUCUCUGUCACUAGACUUAGAACACACACCCUAACUCAAUAGAAGCAGAUUGCUCUGUUUCUUAUAAGCUCAUUCAAGCUGGCGAUCGAAAAUCAGGAAACUGCUAUCAAGCCUAGAAACAGGAGGAUCAUGGGUGCUGGAGGACCUGAUGAGGACGACAACAGGUGGCCGCCAUGGCUAAAGCCUCUCCUAAAAGAGAGCUUCUUUGUUCAAUGCAAGUUACAUGCUGAUUCCCACAAGAGUGAAUGCAAUAUGUAUUGCAUGGAUUGCAUGAAUGGGUCUCUCUGCUCCCUCUGCUUAGCCUACCAUAAGGACCAUCGAGCAAUUCAGAUAAGGAGGUCCUCAUACCAUGAUGUGAUAAGGGUAUCUGAGAUACAGAAGGUGCUGGACAUAUCUGGUGUCCAGACUUAUGUAAUCAACAGUGCAAGGGUUGUUUUCUUGAAUGAAAGGCCUCAGCCUAGGCCUGGCAAAGGUGUCACAAACACCUGCGAGGUCUGCGAGCGCAGCCUUCUUGAUUCCUUCCGUUUCUGUUCCCUUGGCUGCAAGAUGGUUGGGACGUCAAAGAAUUUUCAGAAGAAGAAGAAACAACAAAUAGCAAUGAUGUCUGAUUCAGAGGACUCUUACAGCAGCAGCAGCAGCCAUAGCCGAUACAAGAGCAAAAAACACAACAAUAACGACAAAGUGGAAAGCUUCUCUCCACCAACGCCGCCUCCAACUUCAGCUAGUUGCCGAAGUGCCAAGCGAAGAAAGGGAAUCCCCCACCGAGCCCCAAUGGGAGGCCUAAUCAUUUAGAAUACAAGCACUAGUAUUUUUAAUCAAUUAUAUAUGCAAUCACCCAAUGCUGGAGCCCCUUUUGACCAGCGUGGGAGGUAUAGUGCUCUCUAGUAACGUGUACAUAGAAGCAGCAGCGGCAGCGGCAGCAGCAGCAGCAGCAAAUAGAAGUGGCAAAGUUGAGAAAAAGAAGAACAAUAAGAUAAAAUAUGUGAUGGGCUAGUGAGCAAAUAAUAAGACAAGUCUUGUAGCGUAAAAGGAAGUAGGUUGAAAUAGGUUGGCUUUAGAGUGUGAUUAUACUUAAGUUUUGUUUAAAAUUUUGUAAAUACUAGUGUUUUUGGUGGGUUUUCUCUUCUCUUUUACUUUCUACGAAGAGGGUAGUGGGAAAGGCAAGAACUUUGUAUCCCUCUUGCAUGAGUAGGGAAUGGUGGAAUGAUGAUGUUAUGCAUAUAUAUAUAUAUAUGGAAUGAUAAAAUUUCUAUCGA